UUCAAAGCAAACAUAACCCCUCCCGCCGCUCCCCGCUGCCGUCAUCGUACUCAGUCUUCAUUUGUAUGCGAAAGGUUACGGGCGAACUGCCGCGCAGAAAUCAACUCGUCGCCGUCGUACCGUUUAGUGGUGAAUUUUUCGAUAAUUGUGUUUUCAAGUGUUCAAACUAUGCCGAAGCGGUCUAGAAAGAGGAGUCGUAGCUCUUCUCCUUCCACUGUAGGGGAAAAGUUUUUGAAAAUUGUCAAGAGAUUGGAGAAGCGAUUGGAUAAGAUGGAAGAGAAAAGACCAAGGCAAUGGCAUCAUGGCAGUUCAUCGGGAACCUCUAAUUCCGAGGACGGAUCCGAUAGCCACUCGUAUGAUAGGCGUUCCUAUUCAGGAUCGGAAGCUGACGGUGGAUCAGAUAUAGGAGAAAAAGAGAAGAACACCAUUGAUCAAUAUGUAACAAAUGAGGGAAAUAAUGUUGGCGAACUUAAUGGUGACAUAUUGUUAGCCUUGGGGGACGAAGUGGAAUUGCCAGAAACUAAGGGCCCCUCUAUCCAACAGGAUGUAGCCGACAGAUGGAAAACGGUAAUUAAGAAAGGAUUGGAAGAUGAAAAGAGGCGUGAUAUUAUGAAAAAGUACCCUCCUCCGGAGAAUGCCCAUAGUUUUGGAGCCCCAAAGCUAAAUGCGGUGGUUAAACAAGCUAUUGUGGAUUCGGUAGCAAAAAGAGAUUCUCGUCUCAGUUGUCAGCAGGCUCAAGUAGGAUCUGGCUUAUCUGCAAUUGCAACUGUUAUUUCAGACUUAUUGAAAACAGAGGGAGGAAAUACAGAACUAAUAGAAAAAUUAAGCGAUGCGGGACGCCUUUUGUCGGAUGUCCACCAUACACUCAGUGUAUCUAGAAAGGAGCUUGCCAUACUAAACUUGAAUAAGGAAUGGAAAGAGACUCUAAUUGAUUCUCCUGUUGAUAAAUGGCUCUUCGGGGAGGAUUUGGAAGAAAGAUUAAAAGCUGCAAAGAGUCUACAGUUUUCAUCCAAGCAAUUGAAAAUAGUUAAAGCGCCACAGCCAAAGAAAACUAUUUCAAAAAAUACUUUAAACUACAGAAGUCGAUCCAGUUAUCAACGGGGAGCCAAACUAGGUGGACGAUAUCGCCAAGAUCCCAGCAAUCAGAAUCCCAGCAAUCCAGGUUCCAGCAAGCAGUACAACUCUCGGUACAAUCGCCAGGGGGAAUAUCCUCGACUGGGUCAAUACAAGAAUGCGAAGAAAUACCGCAAGUAUUAG